UUGACAGUUGAAGGCGUGAGAACAAGAGACAGAGACACACGAUGGUUGAAGUCAGACGGAUUCAAAUGACUUUAUUUGUGACGCUGCUGCUGCUUGAGUUCACAGCAGUAACUGGACAAACCUCAUCCUCCCUCAUCACCAGAGCUGGAGAUGACGUCACUUUGCCUUGUAACAAAGAGAUAAAACAUCAAGACAAAUGUAACGGUACUACUUGGCUUUUCAGUCGUUCUGGUGAAUCAGCAGCAGAGCUGAUUAAACUUGGGGUGAUUAAUAAUAAUGUGAUCACCAAAGAUAAAUCCAACAGACUGGGUUUGACAGCAGACUGUUCUCUGGUUAUAAGAAAUGUAACAGCUGCAGAUUUUGGUCGUUACACCUGCAGACAGUACAAAGCAGGAAAACAACAAGGUCACGAUGCUACGGUUCUUCUGUCUGUUAUUAACAUGAUGGAACACACAUUCGAUGAUACGGUCUUCUUGUCCUGCUCUGUGUUGACACACACUGGGUGUAAACACACAGUAAAGUGGCUGUAUGAGGGGAAUGAGAAUGAUGUGGAGACAUCACAGAGUGACUGUUCAGCCACUGUGAUAUUUAAAACUCUUCAUCCUAAUCAGAAGUCAAAGUAUUACGAGUUACUGAAGUGUAGCGUGACAGACAGACAGACUGGAAACACGCUGCUGUGUAAAGCCGGCCCCCAGUCCUCAUUUGAGAACACAGGAAGCACAUCAGUGGAGAGAAACGACCCUCCAACAACAGCAGAAUGGUGGGUGUGGCUCAUCAUCGGGUCUGUGGGCUUAGUAGCUCUCUUGAUAAUCACUGUGGCACUCAUCAGAUGGAAGAGAACCAAAGGGAACCGAACACGGAUGGAUGAAAGCAUUGGCCUGAGCUUAAACCAUGCCGUGACUCCGCCUGUUCCAGAAACCAGUCCGGACAUGGCUGAUCCUGAAGAAGGUGUUUCCUACGCCUCCGUCAGCUUCACCAAGAAGACCAACAGUAAAGUCCAGGUCCGGGUUAAAGAUGAUGAUGAUGAUGAUGAUGAUGAUGCCGAGGAUGCGGUGACCUACUGCACCGUGAAAGCUCGGCCUUCUUCUUCUUCUGCUGGAGCCUCCGCUGAACAACCUCUACACUACCGUCAGCAAACCAAAUAAAUAAGAGACCACAGCGUAGCUGCGGCUCACAUCAUUACGUUGAUAAUGACUGUGAUGCUGAUAUGUAUUGAGCCAUUCAGCAAAAUUGGAGAGCAUUUCAUAUUUAUUGAUACUUUUGUGUAAAUAACCCAAAUGUUAUUAUUGCAACAUGGAGGAAAAGACAAAAAACUUGCCGCUCAGCUACAUCUUGUUGACAUUUCUAAUGUUAUGAUUUUAAAAUAUAGUUUUGCAUUUCAGUUUCUCAGGUGAGCAUGUGACCAUGUAAUUAUUUGUAAUGAUCAUUUUCAGGAUUUAUUGCUGUAAAUAGUCUUUCUAUCUAAAUGGGGGUGUAGUGCAUUAACUGGUAGCACGAUGUGCAACAUUCAUAUGGCUGGUUCCUUAAAUAUAUGAUGAAAUGCAUGUAAUAUAUGAUGUAUUCUUCUUUGCAAAUUUGCUGUCAGACCCUUUGUUGAGCUCAGUGAUGGAUGUUCGCCUGUUAAACCAUGAACUUAAAGGGACCUCUGGUGCCUCUGAUCUGGUGCUUGUUAGUGAGUUUAUAUUCUGUUAUUCUUUGUGUUUUGCAUGUAUUUUCUCAUCAAGUUUUGUGUAAAAUAAAAAU